UGCUGCCUUGGCCCGCCCUCCGCGGUUGGUCUACACGGCGAUCACCGUGCGUUUUCACACUUGCAGUCGGCGUGCAUUGUUUUGCUGCUCGAUUUGACUAUUGGCGGAGGUGCUGGUGACGAUUUUCCAUCUCCUCCGAGUGUGAUUCACCCACUUCUCUAAUGCAUGCCAUUGCAGCACAUGCAUGAUACCUGUCCCAGCCAUAUCUCUCUUUUUUCGAACUCCCAGCAAUUACCUGCAGGAAUUAUUGCCUGGUAGCUGUUCCGGUCCCCAGGUCUUCUUCUAUCUUCGACUACACCAUCGCUCUUUUCGUAUCUUGUUGUAGAGGGCAGCUUCUCUGCGUCUUCGUCAUCGUUUCUCGUCUUGCUUGCUCUCUUAAACCAUCGCGCGCACGACGUGUGCCGUGUGAUUGCUUGUCACUGAUUGACUUGCUCGAUCUUGCCUGCUCGUUUGGUCCAUCGAGCCAUCGGUUGAUUGAUUCGUUGAUUGAUUGAUUUUGAUUGAUUGAUUGAAUCGCUCGCUUCGUCAUCGCCGUUCGGGCAGAGAUCAAUUGCAGAGUAGAAGCCAUGGCGUUCUUCGGUAUGGGACAGCCUUUCGGCUUUCAGUCUAUGCUCAAAGAGGGACACAAAGUGCUAUCCGGAUUGGAUGAGGCGGUUCUCAAGAACAUAGACGCGUGCAAGCAGUUGUCACAAAUUACCCGGACGUCGCUCGGACCCAAUGGAAUGAACAAGAUCGUGAUCAAUCAUUUGGAGAAGCUGUUUGUUACAAGCGAUGCGGGCACCAUCAUGACUGAACUUGAGGUACAGCAUCCUGCCGCCAAAUUGCUCGUCCUCGCUGCUAAGUCACAGCAGGAGGAGGUCGGCGAUGGCGCUAAUCUUGUCAUCACUCUGGCGGGCGAACUGCUAUCUGGUGCCGAGGAACUGAUCACGAGUGGUCUUCAUCCCAGCGAGAUUAUUGCCGGCUAUAACAAAGCUUCCAACAAGUCGCUGGAGAUCUUGGAGCAGAUUGUCGAGAAGGGCAGUGAGGAGCUGGAUGUAAGAAACCAGGAGGAAGUUGUCAAGAGGGUUACGGCUGCUGUCGGAAGCAAACUUUUUGGGCUCGAGUCUAUCUUGACUCCUCUCAUUGUCGAGGCGUGCAUUCAGGUCUGCCCGAACAACCCGUACAACUUCAACAUCGAUAAUGUAAGAGCUGUAAAGAUUGUUGGUGGCGGCAUCAAUGACUGCAGUGUAGUGCGGGGACUGGUGAUUAAGAAUGACACGGAGGGGACCAUCAAGCAGGCCACCAAAGCCAAGAUUGUUGUUUAUGGAGUUGGAGUAGACACAACGGCGACGGAAACGAAGGGCACUGUUCUGAUCGAGAGUGCCGAGCAGCUAGAAAACUAUGCUAAGACGGAGGAGGACAAGGUCGAGGAAGUCAUUAAAGGGAUAGCAGCUGCAGGAGUCCGUGUGGUUGUAAGUGGUUCAGCUGUGGGAGCAAUGGCGCUUCAUUUCUGCGAGCGUUACAAGUUGAUGGUUAUCAAGAUUUCCUCGAAGUUUGAACUACGUAGACUCUGCAGAGCAACAGGUGCUGUUGCACUGGUGAAGUUUGAACCACCGAGCCCAGAUGUGCUUGGGUAUGCCGAUUCUAUAGCAGUGGAUGAGAUUGCAGGAGAGAAUAUUAUUGUUUUUAAAAAUGAGUCGUCAGGGAACCUUCUGUCAACGAUUGUGCUAAGGGGCAGUACACAAAAUAUCCUAGAUGAGGCUGAGCGAGCUGUGGAUGAUGGUGUGAAUACCUACAAGGCCCUGUGUCGAGACUCAAGGGUAGUGCCUGGUGCGGGUGCCACAGAAAUUGAAGUUGCAAAAAGGCUGAAGGAGUUUGGGCGAAAGGAAACAGGACUCGAUCAAUAUGCCAUUGAGAAAUUCGGCGACAGCCUGGAAGUUGUGCCAAGGACGCUUGCAGAGAAUGCAGGUCUUAAUGCGACAGCGAUCAUUUCAGCUCUCUAUGCUGCUCACGCGGCGGGUAAUGUGAAUGUCGGUGUGGACGUUGAAGGUGGUGGCGUCAAGGACAUGACGAAAGACAACAUCUGGGACCUCUAUUGCACAAAGUUCUGGGCAAUGCGGUUUGCUGCGGAUGCUGUGAAGACAGUACUUAGAGUUGAUCAGAUCGUGAUGGCGAAAAUUGCUGGAGGUCCGAAGCCAAGGCAAAACCCGGGUGGAAUGGAUCCGGAUGAGUAGCUAGAUGAGAGGAGACGAUAUAGCAUAGAGUUCCGGUAUUCGACGGUGCAAAGAGUUGAGUUAUCCCUGUAUGUCAGCGGCACAAUUUUGUCAAUUUCUGUGAUUCUUUUGCUUUCUCUGCUAAGAAUUGAGAAGUGAUGUUCAUUUUCCUGUCCUCUUGCUCACCUACAUCGAUAUUCAGAACGGGGGGAAGCAUCUCUCAUCUUUGUAGCCUCUAUUGUUUCGCCGUCCUUUCUCCUGUCUCCUUCUCUCUCUCUCUUAUUCCUCUUCCCUCUUUCUUUCCUACAAGGAGUUGUGUUCACCGGAGGAUUUGUUCAUGGUAGAUGGUGGUUGUGUGUGUGCGCUGUUUCUCAUUUGUAUUGGAAGACUGUUGUCUUUCCUUGUAAUGAAAGACUUCAUGCUUUUCGCCGAUUUCUUGUAAUGCAAGGCCGCAACUGGAAAUGAACCUUCUCUCUCCCCACCACCUUUAGUCGUCUUUGUCACCCUUGAGAUUCCCUGCAAGGACUUUUCAUCCAUGGGAGGAUUGGCUCAUGUGUGGUAGAUGGUUGCACGUGCUGCUUUCCAUUUUCGGUGAAAGGUUUUAAGCCAGAAAUGAUGCUGUCUCUUAUACACAUCUAGAUGUGUAUAAGAGACAGCCUUUAGUCGUCUUUGUCACCCUUGAGAUUCCCUGCAAGGACUUUUCAUCCAUGGGAGGAUUGGCUCAUGUGUGGUAGAUGGUUGCACGUGCUGCUUUCCAUUUUCGGUGAAAGGUUUUAAGCCAGAAAUGAUGCUUCCCCCCCCCCCCUUCCCCCCCUUGGCCCCCUCUCCUGCUUGCGUCCUUCAAUCUGUGUAACGUGGGUUGUUGCGAUGAUUGUUGUUGACCCUAGGUUUUCCUUCUCCAUCUCCUUCAUUCUGUGUGACAGAUGUCAAUCUGUCUGCGAAACGGUAGCCUUGUCCACAUUUUUCCGUCUCCUUCUGCUUAUGCAAGAGAUGGCGGUCUGCUUGCAAAAAGCCAGUUAUAUUCAAAUAUUUUUAUAUUAUCGGAAUAUAACCAGGGCGGGGCUGGCACCCGGCCGGUUGAUCUAGGCUGGUUCAACCGGGGCCAGGCCAUUUCAGUUUAGAGAUGUGAGUGGGUGACACUUGCUCGUACGUCAGGAGGAUUCAGCUAUUGAGGAAUGAGAUGUCCGUUUGGGAACCGGAAACACUGGAAUUCAAGAUGGGCCAAUCUUAUCUUUCUUCGGGUAGCAAGACCCGAAAAAGCGCUGUAAUCGCCUGUCAUGUAUACAGGAUCAAUAGAAACUCGAGAAUCCGUGAGGAUAUUGCGCAGAAGGUGUUGAGGCUGAAACGAGAGACGCGGAUCAAGGAUUUUCGGGAAGAAUUUUACGAAUCGACACUAAAAUCAUAAAAUUGUCCUCAAAGCGACGCGAUGUCAUAAAAUGGUUCUCAAAGCGACGCGAUGCCAUUUGGAAAUAUAUGAUGAUUGGCUAUGACCUGGUGGAUAGGCAGUUAGCCACACGGGAUAGAAUAAGUUGAGUGUUUGUUGAAUAAGUUUAGUGUUUGUUGAUUCAUGUUUUGCUUGGCUUUCAACGUUUAAUUGUGAUGCUUAGUCACUAACCUCGAUCGUUUCGGGUUUUACAUUGCCCAAUGGAUAGAGUUGUGACUUGUUUCAAUUUCGUCAUUUGAUCUGGCUUGUAGAGUUUGUCGGUCUUGUUUCGUUCAAUCACAUUUCAAAGUAUUGUUUUAGCAUUUGAUAUGUGUUAGUCUCGAAAGUUUGAGAGUUGUUAAAACCGGACAGGGUUCGAUCGUAUAGCCAAGUUUGACUGGACAGGGUUCGAUCGUAUAGCUAAGUUUGACAGAACAGGGUUCGGUCGUAUAGCUAAGUUUGAGGUAGGCUAUUUUGCAGAUGUUGCUUCGAUCGUAUAGCUAAGUUUGAUGUCUGGAGAGCGUUUGACUGGACAGGUUUCAAUCGGUUUGACCAAGUUGAAGUUCGGACAGGACUCGACGAUGUGUCCCUUGAACUGGGUGGUUCUUUGGAUGCCGAUUACUGGAGUGACACCAAACGGGUCCGCACUCUCAUCGCGGUAAUGAUUAUGGGUACCCGGUUAUUGGGUUGGAACGGCAGCACAGGGAAUCGAUCCAGUGACGCUAAAGGAGGGAAUAGAUCCUAACCUGGUUUCCAGGUCAAAGGGCUGUUCGGAAGUCGGUUAUGGGUACCUGGGUACAGAGUGUAGAGUUUUUCCGUAGUACACCAUAGGUAGGAAGUUACUUUGAUCCUAUAUGAACAGUGAGUGCAUGGGAGUAGGUGUUUUUGGUUCAGGUCUGACGGACGUGUGACCGUCAAGCAUUUCUGGAG